CGGCGGAUCCAGGCCGCGUUUUGCGGCGGAAUCCCCGAGAGCUGCUGCUUCUAUCGCUCACGGUAGCUCUGGGCGGCGGGAGAUCAUGGUGCUGGACGAACUGUGGGCCGCGCUCUCUGGCGCCUCCGGGGCUGCCCUGGCCUGCUGCUUCGUAGCGGCGGCCAUGGCCCUGCGCUGGUCCAGUCGCCGGACGGCGCGAGGUGCAGUGGCCCGGGCGCAACAGAGACGGAAAGCGGCCCUGGAAAGCAUGGACAAGGCGGCACAGCGCUUCCAGCUCCAGAACCCCGACCUGGACUCAAAGGCGCUGCUGGCCCUGACCCUGCCUCAGCUGGUGCAGAAGUUACGCAAUGGGGAACUGUCCCCGCAGGCUGUGCUGUUCACCUACGUGAGAAAGGCCUGGGAAGUGAAUAAAGGGACCAACUGUGUGACUACCUACCUGGCAGACUGUGAGACUCAGCUGUCCCAGGCCCCAAGGCAGGGCCUGCUCUACGGUGUCCCUGUGAGCCUCAAGGAAUGCUUCAGCUACAAGGGCCUGGACUCCACCCUGGGCUUGAGCGUGAACCAGGGGGUACCAGCAGAGUGUGACAGUGUGGUGGUGCAGGUGCUGAAGCUGCAGGGUGCUGUGCCCUUUGUGCACACCAACGUCCCCCAGUCCAUGUUCAGCUAUGACUGUAGUAACCCCCUCUUUGGCCAGACCACAAACCCAUGGAAAUCCUCCAAGACCCCAGGUGGCUCCUCAGGAGGCGAAGGUGCCCUCAUUGGAGCUGGAGGCUCCCUCCUGGGCUUAGGAACUGACAUCGGGGGCAGCAUCCGCUUCCCCUCCUCCUUCUGUGGCAUCUGUGGCCUCAAGCCCACAGGGAACCGCCUCAGCAAGAUUGGUCUGAAGGGCUGUAUCUAUGGACAGGUGGCAGUACAGCUCUCAGUUGGCCCCAUGGCCCAGGAUGUGGAAAGCCUGGCGCUGUGCAUGCGAGCACUACUGUGUGAGGACAUGUUCCGCUUGGAUCCUACUGUGCCCCCCCUGCCCUUCAAGGAGGAGGUCUAUAAAAGCUCUCAGCUCCUGCGUGUGGGGUAUUAUGAGACAGACAACUAUACUAUGCCCACCCCAGCCAUGAAGCGAGCCUUGCUGGAGACCAAGCAGAGACUUGAGGCUGCUGGCCACACGCUGGUUCCUUUCCUGCCAAGCAACAUACCCUAUGCUUUGGAGACCCUGUCGACGGGUGGGCUGUUCAGUGAUGGUGGCAGCAGCUUCUUACAGAACUUCAAAGGUGAUUUCGUGGACCCCUGCUUGGGGGACCUGAUAUUGAUUCUGAAGCUGCCUAGAUGGCUUAAAGGACUGCUGGCUUUCCUGCUGAAGCCUCUGCUCCCAAGGCUGGCCGCCUUUCUCAGCAGCAUGAAGUCUCGGUCCACUGGAAAGCUCUGGGUGCUGCAGCAUGAGAUUGAGGUGUACCGUAACUCUGUGAUUGCCCAGUGGAGAGCACUGGACUUGGAUGUGCUGCUCACCCCCAUGCUGGGCCCUGCUAUGGACUUGAAUGCCCCAGGCAAGGCCUCAGGGGCCGUCAGCUACACUCUGCUCUACAACUGCCUGGACUUCCCAGCGGGGGUGGUGCCUGUCACCACGGUGACCCUUGAGGAUGAGGCCCAGAUGGAACAUUGCACGGGCUACUUUGGAGAUAUGUGGGACAAGGUGCUGUACAAGGCCAUGAGGAAGAGCAUGGGGCUGCCUGUGGCCGUGCAGUGCGUGGCUCUGCCCUGGCAGGAAGAGUUGUGUCUGCGGUUCAUGCGGGAGGUGGAGCGACUGAUGACCCCUGAAAAGCGGCCAUUCUGACUGCUGCCUGCCCAGCCACCCAGCUGGUUCCAGAGGACCUGCUCGAUCUGUGCCCAGCCUGGUCAGGGCACCGCUGCCACCCUGCAAGGACAUGUUUGCCUGGGGGCAGAGGCCUCCUCCCCUUGCCCCCUCCAAGAAGCCAAGAUCCCCUGAGUCUGGACCUUGCUCCUCCGUCUGGUCCCCAGUCUCGGCCCUGACCCCCUCCCCAUGUGGUAUGACAUGGGCAAAGCCCCACUAAGAGUCAAAAAAUGGUUUCAUUCUGUGUACUUUCUGGCCGUCAUUGUUAGAGCACUGGGGUUUGGAGACUUGACCUUCUAGAGCCUAAUUCUAGCCAUGUCAAUUUCCUGCUCCCAAACCUCCCCUGGUUCCCAUCAUAUACAGGAUGGACACAGGCUUCUCAGUGGGUGUUGCAGACCCAGCACUUCACCCUUCCCCCCACCCCCCCACUUUAGACUAAGUCCUACUUUGCUAGAUAUUGCCCUUUUUCUUCUUCCUUCCUUUGCUUCUUCCUUCUGCUGAGGAUGCUCUUUCUGCUCCUCUACCUUUAGAUCCUUUGAAGCCCAGCUCACAUCUCUCUUUCUUCAGAAGGCUUUCCCUCCUUCCUCUAAGCCUUGGAGUAGGUGGCCAGUUUCCUUCAGUCUGCCCCAUGUG